AUGUCGUCUAUUCAAAUCAGCACUGGAGCGGCGAUGGAGUUCUCCAGGGAGCAUAAAAUUCGUGAGUUCCAGAUUAAAAAAAACUAUUCACCAAUUUUUUUUUUCCAGAAAAAAAGGUGCAUGACUUCCGACUGGAAAGAGAAAGACAACUUGACCCGAUAUAUUCUGAAAUGAGCCGUCUUCAAGGGCAGGUUAACGAAAAACAGAACGAGUUUGAUCGAGUGACGAACCAAAUCAUCAGUAUGCAGAACUCUGGAGCUUCUGGAAACGAUGUCCAGAACAAAGUGAGCCUUUUUAUCGAGGAAUUUAGUUUAUUUAAUUAAGCCAGAAGUUAAAAGAUAAACUUAUAGUGGUUCACCUUUCAGAGAAAUCAAAGGGAAUGCAUUCGGAACGAGUUGAACGUCUUGAGGGACAGGAGAAACAACCGGGAACAAGAAUUGAGCCAUCGGCGGCAAGAAAUCGAUCGACACUCUCGAAUUCUCAUGGAUAAGCUGCAUCGUGGCGAAGCCGUCUAA